GCUGGUGGUGGUGGUGGUGGUGGACAAUACUAUAUGUCCACGUCCUCAUGCCUAAGGGCUCUGAUCUGUCAGUGAGUGAGUGAGUGAGUCUCGCUCUUGUGUCUCCUGCUAGCCCAUCAUCAGGUUGUCUAUAAAAGCAAGCAAGCAAGCUGCUGCUGCUCAGUCUCCUCCGCUCAACAACCGAACCACCCCCGGGCCGGCACAAGGCAGAGCAGCGUCGCUCGAUGCCGCGCACUCCGGCGAGCCUCCUCCUCUCUGGCAGUGGCAACCCAUCUCCUCUGCCGCCUCCUUUGCCUCUUGUUCAUGGUCAUGCAGCAGGGGAGCAGCAGGCCAUCUCCGUGGACUCGGACACGGUGGUCAUCCUGGCGUCCCUCCUCUGCGCCCUCAUCUGCGUGGCCGGCCUUGCCCUCGUCGCUCGGUGCACCUGCCGCAGAGCUGGUGGCGGUGGCGGUGGCAGCGGCAGCUCUGGCAUCUCAGCCGCCGCCCAAGCACAGCAGCCACCCAGGGGGCUGAAGAAGGCGGCGAUCGAGGCGCUGCCCACCAUGUCCAUGUCCUUGGAAGGAAGAGAUGGUGAGAGGGGGGAGUGCGCUAUCUGCCUGGGGUUGUUCGCUGAGGGAGACGAGCUCCGAGUGCUGCCGCACUGCGCCCACGGCUUCCAUGCGCCCUGCAUCGAUACCUGGCUCGCCGCCCACGCCAGCUGCCCCUCCUGCCGCGCCGCCGUCGCCGUCGGCACCUGCCGGAGGUGCGGGGCCGCCUGCGCUGACGGCGACCUCGACCUGGCCGAUGACGCUGCUGCCAGAUGAUCGAUCAACUUGUGCGUCCAUAUGAGAUGAUCCUAUCUUUGAAUUUUUCUAUCUUUGAAUGGAGUGCUUAUGAUACGAUUCCCCUCCUCCUCUUUAGCUC